GACGGCAUAGCACUGUACACUGCUGAGCAAUCUUCUCAUUGAUCCUCAGCUUCAUGGCUUCCUCAGGCUCUCCUUCUCCCAAGGAAGAACAAAUAGAAGGAGGAGUAGUAGAUUUGGUAUCUGGUAAUGAACACAACAAAACAAAGAAGGCAGUUGGGUUUAUCCCUCUGGAUAUCAUCAUUGACAUACUAUCAAGAGUUCCAGGGAGUUCUCUCAUAAGAUUCAGGCUAGUGUGCAAGCUUUGGCAUUCAUUAACUUAUGAUCCUCGCUUAGUAGACUUGCAUCUUGAUCGCGCUUCCAGAGUUGCUCCUCCUCGUGUUAUGCUUUUCUUCCAGAAUGAAGAACAAAGUCAAAGAAAAUUUCACUUCAACAUGCUGGAAGACACAUGGAAACCGAGGAACGGAUUAACCAGUGAUUCUGAUGGUAUUCUCAGCACACCCCCAUGUAAUGGUUUAGUUUGCCUUUAUGAUUACCAUCAUAAUAUCAGGCUUUGCAAUCCUACAACCAGAGAAUUUCUUCACCUGCCAAGGCCAACUCGUAAUAGUAAAAGUGUUCUCAGUAGUUUUCCAAAAUGUUUUCUUGGAUUUCACCCUGUGACAAAAAAGUAUAAAGUGGUACGGUUCUUUUACCAUCAAAUGAACCAUGUAACUGAAAGUUAUGAUCUGGGAUGUGAAGUAUUCACCCUCGGUACAUGGUCAUGGAAAUAUGUUGGUAGCAUAGAUUGUUAUCUGACUGGCCAGGGAAUUAAUGCUAAUGGUUAUCUAUACUGGACAAAGGGUGUUAACACUGUCAUACCUGACCAAAUAGUUGCUUUUGAUCUGGAAAGUGAGAAGUUCAAUUCAAUUGCAGUUCCUGAUUUUUUGAGCUACCAGAUUAUUGUUCAGGGGGCUAUGUUUCUUGUGCAGCUGGAAGGGAAGCUCUGUGUAGUGAAUGCUCCAUAUGAUUCUCCUGGUUCUAUGGAUGCGUGGAUGCUAGAGGAUCCAAUCAACAAUGUUUGGAUUCACAGAUUUUCUAUUUCUUUGCAUUCUAUACCUGGAUAUCGACGGCGGCCUGAGCCGGUUUUCAUUCACAAUGGAAGAGUUCUGUUGAGAUGGCUUGAGAAACUAUUUUACAGGAGUCUGGAUAAUGAGCAGGAAGAUACUGAGUGCGUCUACACUGAUAACUGCCUGAAUAGUUCUGCAAAAGCCUAUGCUUUUGUGGAGAGCUUGGUUUCUUUAGACAGUGAAAACCAUCAUAGCUUCAUUUCCUAACAAUUUAAGUAUGUCCUUUGAUGUUCCUUGGUUUUAUGCUGAAUAUUUGAUCAUUUGUGUGCUUGUGAUCUGAAAUCAAUAUAAUUGCCACCUCUCAUUGUUAAUAAAUAAGAUGAAUAAGUUCUGAGUAAUAUGCAUCUGUUCAUUUUGGUAGCAGGGAGGGGGAGAG